UGUGUUUCUGGGAAUUAUUCACGUUUUCCGUGUGCGUCACUGUACGCCUACAUAACAAGGCACAGGAACCCUCUACAUACAGCAAGAGAAAGGAAAAUGUACGUGUUUACUGUAUGUGGUUUCCUGCUCCUACAGCAUACUUUGUGGUUUGCCAUGACUGAAGCUGCCGGUCCUGCGAACCUCACCCGGGCGUCACGGAUCAAACGGGCGCCUCUUUAUAGCUGUGGAGGAGCGCUCCUGGCGGGUUGGGGGAAUAUCACAUCACCUGACUUCCCGAUGGAGUACCCACAACACGCACGGUGCCACUGGACUGUCGAACCACGCGAUCUCAGCAGGGCCAUUCUUCUCUCCUUCGAGUCCUUUGAUGUCGAGUCGGACCGGGUGUGUUCCUACGACUCCCUGUUCGUCAUCCGGGACAAGGCGGAAAACAGUACCUACUGCAAUGGCAACGAACCUCCGCCAGAGGGCCUCGUGGGGCGACACUUCGACCUUACGUUCCGAUCAGACGGCUACCAGCAGCACAACAAAGGGUUCUUGAUCUCCUACAGCCCUGUGGACAACCUCGACUCAACCACUGUUUCAACAGUUGCACUCGGCAAGACUUGGGCCCAGAGACCUACAGAAGUACUGAAAGGUACAACAGACGAGCCGCCUACAACUGCACGCCUGAUAGGGAGCAUGUUCACGGUCACAAACAAAGGGACGUACACGGACAGAAACAUCUACACACGUAACGAUAGCAACGUACCUAACACAACCGUACCUUUUACUACUCAACAGCUGCUGUACACCACUAGAACACCCGUGCUAUAUAACACAACCUCCCCGGUGUUCCCAACACCAACACACUGGCCUAAACACCACACAAACAACACGCUUUCAGUAACACAUUAUACACACCACGCGGUCCAUGGCCAGUCUACCCCAUACAUACAGAAUGUAUCUACAUGGAUAACCGACGCACCAACAGUCGCCUCUGGAGUAUCUACAGACAGGCCCGGCAACCCUGAGUUAAGUACCGUGCCAUCACGGAUGUUCACCGCAAAAGAAACCAUCGUCGGCGGUAUCGUCAUCGGACUCGUGCCGCUGUCCUGCGCCGUGGUCCUCCUGGCGCUCUACCUGCGGAGAACGAGGGAGAGGGACUCGGCGGCCGCCAUCAUCCAAGCCAUCACCUUCAUGGACGAGACGAUCAUUAAGAUGGAGGAGUCGGUGGCGUCGGAGGAGGCGGAGAAGGAUGACGUCCAGCCGCCGGAUUCAACUGGUGAACUGAGAGGUCACACCUGCCCGGGAGGGGGAGAUAACACACCUGAUGACAUGGCGAAGAGCGUGGAUACUCAGCCAAAGCCAUGCCAAGAUCAUGCCAGCAAUGGAGAGGCUUCGUCACCUGCAGUGUCAGAGACCCAGCUGAUUACCAAAGACGCCGUUGUACAAUCAGCCCACACCGCAGCGACCUGUAGCGAUGAAUGGAUGUCGUACCACCCAAUCAGUAACAAGAUGAAGAUCAAUGUCAAGCACGAAAAGGUCAACAACAGGUCAUCACUGGCGGGAAACGACCGACCAGACGAGACGGAACGCGAGCGCAUCCAAACGAACGGGCAGGCAGCGAGUCCAAACGACCAACAUAGACCAGAAGGAGACCGCGCAGCUGUAAGCCCUACACCACGGGAAGAGUUAGGAGGAACAACACGGGAUAAGGCCAAAACGUCGAGAGGGGCGGAGCAGGUGAAGGAGAUGUCUCGGAUGUUUAAGGAUGAUGAGGAGGACGAACUGUGUCGGUGUAGCAGCCUCCCAAGACCCAUGCUGCAUUCUCAGCCGCCAGGAAAACUAUCAACUGAUAAGCUGGGCAUGUUUGACUCAUCACUUGGACGGAGCAACAGCUCUAGUUCGAGCGACACUAGCCUGAACUGCCUCUCGUUCGAAGAUGGAAGCAAGUUAUGCAGGGAAUGGUCCUUCUCCACCAUACCUCUCACAUCCUGCAAGGGGGCUUGCGGCGGCCAUAACAAAUGCCGCGUAUCUAACUCGGAAGGGUUAUAUGGCACGCCCAGACGACUGAGUACAAGAGGCUACCCUGAUGGGAAAGAAGAUGUACUCAGCAAAAAGCUGGAUCCUCCCCUUCCAGCUAAAGUCUACCAAAGGAAUGUGUACACAAAGACAACCGUGUCCGAUAAAGUCAGCCUUCCAAACGGAGAUAUAGAGGAACACGUGACGGUUUCCAGCGAAGAAGACUACACAUCACUGACAAGUCACGACAGCGUCGAAGAAGACGUGUCCAUAUCUAUCCACCAUAAGACUACAGAAAUCGUCAAGCUAUUUGACGGCGGCCGUGGUAGCCCGGAAGUCACUGAGCUCGUCGAUAGAUACAGGACAUUUGAUGAAAAGUCGAGGUCAACCAUCGAGAGACAGACGACAACAGAAAAACGAAGUUUCCCUACCAGUCCCAAACAGGGUUGUUCAAAAGCAACUGGACACCAAUCAGAACACACAUCCGCAACUCUGGACCAAUCAGAACACGCAUCCAUCACGCAGACUCUCACACAGGACACCGGGGUGACACAGACCCCAGAAUGCAAAAACACGACUGGUGAUUCGCCCCAUGCGGAGACAUCUAAGGUUGUCAAAAAAGUCGUGAAGUUCAAAUUUCCUCCUUCAAGAGAACAGCUUCUGGAACAAAAAAGCCGCUUACGGAAAGUAGUUGUCCCUGAGAAAGCCAGGAGUGACACGGGCAUCCACGACUCUAGACCAAUCAGAAACACAUCCACAACUCUUGACCAAUCAGAACAUACAUCCACAACUGGAGACCAAUCAGGACACACAUCCACAACACUUGACCAAUCAGAACAUACAUCCACAACUUUAGACCAAUCAGGACACACACCCGCAACUCUGGACCAAUCAGAACACGCAUCCAUCACGCAGACUCUCACACAGGACACCGGGGUGACACAGACCCCACAAUACAAACACACGACUGGUGACUCGCCCCAUGCGGAGACAUCUAAGGUUGUCAAAAAAGUCGUGAAAUUCAAAUUUCCUCCUUCAAGAGAACAGCUUCUGGAACAGAAGAGCCGCUUACGGAAAGUAGUUGUCCCUGAGAAAGGUCAUAAAAAGUCAAACUGA